AUCCAGAAAGGGGUGAACCUUGCAGUCAGGGAUGUCAGGAGCAGUGACCCUUAUGUUAUUGUCAAAAUGGGCAGGCAGAAGCUGAAGACUCGUGUAGUGAAGAAGAACAUCAAUCCGGAGUGGAAUGAAGAUCUGACUCUUUCUAUUGCAGAUCCAAGUGUUCCUAUCAAGCUUGUAAGUGUUAUAGUUCUUGUUUGGUCUGGAAAACCGGGUAAUCGGGUAAAAACCGGUUAACCGGGUGAAAACCGGUUAACCGGGGACCCCGGUUAACUGAGGUACCGGUUCCGGUUCUGGUUACUAAAAUACAAUAACCAGGGACCCCGGUUCCGGUUCCCGGUUUUGGCCAAUAACCGGGAACCGGGACCGGAUUUA